AUGUACCAGGUCAAUCGGCUGCCUUCGAAAGUGCAGAAAACGUCGCGCUACGGUUCUGGGGCGGACUCCAAGUUCAAAAAUAUGACGGCUUCAUCACCAGCAGCCCCACUUCUGCCCCCGGAAAUUAUCACGAUAAUUCUGAAUUAUGUCGGCGACAAACGUGCUGUACUCAGAAGCCGUCUCAUUCGAAAGGACUUUGAGGCAGUUGCCACCACCGUGGGGUUCAAGAAACUCACUGUGUGCCGCGGACCUAUCCCCAAUCUGCUAGGUUUUGAGGCAAUCGCUGCUUCACCACAUCUGAAUUAUCGUGUAGAAGAGAUCACAUUCCUCGAGCAUGACGAAAGCCCGAAGUGGGAUCCCGAGAAUACCAGUAUCGAAGAGUUUUGCCUUUCAUUGCUCCGCCUUCCACAAUUUCCGAACCUUCGCGCAUUGCAACUCCAUUUUCCACACUGUCAUUACGACGAAUACUUGCCUAGUUCUGAUCCUGAGGAUACAAAUAAUCUCUGCUUAUCUACAGGCUACAGCAUGCCAUCCGACAUCGAGAUCUCAUUUCCCAGGUUUCUGCAAAUCAAGUUUUUUCAAAAGAUCGCGUCAGAGGGACGACUGAUGCGUCCGCCUCAUCUAAAGGCACUGAAUAUCUGCCCACUUGUGGCACAUGAAGGACUUUUUGGCUUACAUGAAUUCAAGUGGCUUUUAGAGCCUCUUACAAGUCUCAAAAUCGGUACGGUGACCAACGACUCAGAAUGGUUCCAUCAAUCGCUUGAUUUCUACGAAAACUUUUGGAACAUCAACAUGAGGUCUGCACUGAACACCGCUCGAAAUUUAACAUCCUUGAACCUGUCGAGUGAUAUACGAACUUCCAUCAUAUCCUGGGAUCAAGUAGACGCGAUACCGGGCCUGGAAAAGCUCUCCUUCUCCAGUUUUAUUUUCACGGACUAUAACGAAGAUUCAACUCCCGAUUCUUCAUCCAUUGAAUCCUUUAUUCUCCGCCACCCAAAUCUACUUGUAUUGAGGUUAAACGACUGUUGUAUCGAUCUAUGGGAUUCCAAUGUGACAUGGGCAACGACAUUUCAACGGUUUAAAGACCAUUUGAAAAAACUCCAAUGCUUCGAUUUCACGCCCGUUCCAGAAGGCCAUGAUGAAUCAUCAGACAUCUCUUAUUUUUACAGCUAUGUCUGGCCUGUCUGCGAGGCGGAGUAUGAGGAAUACCGAUCCGACUUCGACCAUCGUGACGCACCGGACCCUCCACCGAAUGGAACAAGAAAUUCAGACAAAUCGGCAUACGAGUCUUUGCAGCAGAAGAUUUCACAGCGUAAGGCCUAA